AUGCGACGGCGGUUUCCCCGCAUUGCGGCCAGCGCUGGCCGCCCCCGAUCCAACGUAUGCGGUAUACGAAUCCCCCCAAUUUCUGCGACAACACAUUCUCACAGACAAUUCACAUCGCUGAACUCCCCGCUACUGUCUUCACACUUUAACCGCUCCGAUUUCACGAGUCAGCCAUUCACUGGAAGCUAUGAAGCUGGACUUCCGACUUCCGGGCCCUUGGGCUCCGCUCCUGCGUUUGGCGCCCCGAGGUUGACCCCUAGAAUGCUCAAACAGUAUCUCGACCAAUUCGUCGUGGGGCAGGAUCGCGCCAAGAAAAUACUGAGCGUGGCUGUCUACAAUCAUUAUCAGCGCAUCAUGGAGCUGCAACGCCAGGAAGAGGCUGCUGCCGAGCUAUUGGCACAAAAAGAGAGGAGGGCAUCCGUGGACGCUUAUCCGCUGGAUAACGAGUUCACAGGCGCUCAAGGAACGAUAAACCUCGGCCCCCCGCCGCAAGAUUCAUUGAAUAGCCGAUUAGAACGCUCGGCGCUCGCAGAUGUUUCUCCGACACAGCUUGAAAAAUCAAACGUUCUUCUGCUGGGGCCAUCUGGUGUCGGAAAAACAUUAAUGGCGAAGACUCUGGCCCGGGUGCUGGACGUGCCUUUUAGCAUGUCAGACUGCACGCCAUUUACACAGGCCGGGUACAUUGGAGAAGACGCUGACGUGUGCGUACAUCGACUACUUGCCGCUGCCAAUUACGACGUGGAAAAGGCUGAGCGAGGUAUCAUUUGUCUCGAUGAGGUUGAUAAAAUUGCCACUGCUCGAGUCAGUCACGGUAAAGACGUUAGCGGAGAGGGCGUACAGCAAGCUCUGCUCAAGAUAAUCGAGGGAACCACAAUACAAGUCCAGGCAAAACCAGAAAGAAACAGCACUCGACCUCCAGGGAGUUCCCCAGGAGCUUACCCUCCAGGCGCAGCACCAGGUUCUGGGUUCAAUUCUUCGUCUGCGUCCGGCCCUCCGCCGACAAAGGGUGAAAUCUAUAAUGUGAGAACCGAUAACAUCCUUUUCAUUUUCUCGGGCGCCUUUGUUGGUCUCAACAAGAUAGUCAUGGACCGUGUUUCUAAGUCUUCCAUGGGAUUUGGACAGCCGGUGCGGGCGUCUCCCUUUUCACCCGCCAAUCACGCUUCGCUACAGGAGACUCAUAACCAAGCGCCUAUUCCUAUUCUUCCGGGCUCCGAGGAAGAAGCUCUGUAUAAGAAACACUUGCCCUUUUUCACACCAGCAAACCCUUCAUCUCAUGAAGAUCCCGUUUAUUUUAACCCUCUUGACCUCUCGACACCUGCAGAUUUACAGAAAUUUGGCUUCAUCCCCGAGCUAGUUGGACGUAUACCAGUCACAACAGCUCUCUCCUCGCUAACCCAUUCUCUAUUACUACGCAUCCUCACGGAACCACGCAAUUCCCUGGUAACCCAAUACGAGAUCCUUUUUGAUCUGUCAGGGAUUAAAUUGAGCUUCACAACACCAGCUUUACACAAGAUUGCCUCUAACGCUCUUACCAUGGGCACCGGCGCACGAGGCUUGCGCACAGAACUCGAAACCAUUCUUUCAGAUGCAAUGUUCGAAGCUCCAGGCUCUUCCGUCAAAUUUGUUCUCAUUACAGAGAGCGUGGCGGACCGAAAGGAGAAGCCGCUUUACUUUGGCCGUGGUCAAGGAAGUCGAUUUCACUCCAUGAUUGCCACCGAAGAAAGCGAAUGGGAAAAGAGGAUACAGCAAGAGAGAGGACAAAAUAAUAAGAAGAAUAACGGCAGCCAUCAUAAAUCCAACAGCAAGGUUUCGUCCUUUGCGGAAUAUAGGAACCGAGAUUCCACUGCUGCUGGUGGGGGUGGAAAUUGA